CAGCCUGGAAGUCAACUGUUUACUCUUCUCCAUAGAUGAGUUCUUCCAGCAUUUGGUGUGUCGACUGAAAAUAUAGGCACAUGGAGUGGUGGGGUUUGGAGGGAUAUGGUCUGAAUGCAGCAAAUUGGGACUAGCUGGGAGGGAACUGUGGAUGGCAUGGACUGGUUAAGCCAAAGGGCCUGUAUCUAUGCUGUGUUGGUCUAUCACUUCAUAUUCUAUGACAUAGCCUUGCCUGAUUCCAAUUGACACUACCAGGUUUUUCACUGAGGUGCUAUACUUCAUGGCUAGUGGAUUUCCCAUUAGUGGAGUUAAUCUGCAGGACAGACCUACACCAGAAUCAGGGUCACCCAAUCCCAGCCAUUGAAUUAUAACAAGUUGAUAAUACUUGUGUGUGUGCAUUUUUGGAUGAUGAGCUCCAAGUCAUUUUUAACUCUCUUAGUGAAGCAUACACUAAAUGAGUCUUACACUAAAUAUCUGGAUGUCAAAGGUUCUUGACUAAUCUAUCCCCUCCUAUUCAACAUGACCCCCAAUCAAAAAUUAAGAUACACAAUGUGAAGUCACCUACUAUAUUUUGGGAGUUACAACGGAAACAGAUGUCACUGAAGAAAUUUGGCACUUGGGCAGCCAAUGAAAAGGCACAAAGCACCAUCAGCCCCUGGACUCCUGUAUGCUUUAGAGACAUUUUUUUGAAGUAAGCAUUUUGAAGCACCAAAGUCCAAAGUAAACUUAAUAUCAAAGUACACAUACGUUCAGUGGCCACUUUAUUAUGUACCUCCUACACAGUGGCUAGUGGGGUUAUAUUUGUGGUCUUCUGCUGCUGUAGCCCAUCCAUUUUAAGUUUCAACAUGUGAGUACAGGGAUGCUCUUCUGAGACUUAUGUGUGAAAAUACCAGGAGAUCAGCAGUUUCGAAGGCACUCAAACCACCCUAUAUGGCACCAACAAUCAUUUAAUCAAAGCCAUUUCUUCCUCAUUCUGAUCCUUGGUCUGAAAAACAACUGAACCUCUUGACCAAGUCGGCAUGCUUUGAGUUGCUGUAACAUGAUUGGCUGAUUGGAUAUUUACAUUAACAAGCAGGUGAACCUAAUAAAGUUGCCGCUGAGUGUUUGUUACCACAUACUGUCUUGAGAUUAAUUUUUUGCAGGCAUUUACAGAGAAAAAAGAAGUACAAUAGAAUUUAUGAAAAACUGUAGAUAAACAGACAAAGACUGACAAACAACCAAUAUGCAAAAGAAGACAAUCUAUAACAAUAGUCUAAGCAUGGUACAUGGACCAAUGGCAGGAAUAAUGGCAAGAGGCUGAGUCAAGUGAGCAUGGCUGACAAAAAAAAGAAGUCUUGGAAGGAAAUCUUCCCACCAUCAUAACAGAGCCGAGUGAGCGAGCGGGGAUCGUGCGAUGGGGAGCCGAGAGGAUGAAUAUGACUAUUUAUUCAAAGUUGUGCUAAUUGGAGACUCUGGGGUUGGAAAGAGCAACCUCCUGUCGAGGUUCACACGCAAUGAGUUUAACCUGGAAAGUAAAAGCACCAUUGGAGUUGAGUUUGCCACCAGGAGUAUCCAAGUAGAUGGAAAGACAAUUAAAGCACAGAUCUGGGACACAGCAGGACAGGAGCGAUACCGUGCCAUCACUUCAGCGUACUACCGUGGAGCUGUAGGUGCCCUGCUGGUGUAUGAUAUUGCCAAACAUCUAACAUAUGAGAACGUAGAGCGAUGGCUGAAAGAAUUGCGUGAUCACGGUGACAACAAUAUUGUCAUCAUGCUGGUUGGGAACAAGAGUGACCUUCGCCACCUGAGAGCUGUGCCAACAGAUGAGGCACGGGCAUUUGCUGAGAAGAACUCACUUUCAUUUAUUGAAACAUCUGCCUUGGACUCAACUAAUGUGGAGGAGGCUUUCCAAAAUAUUUUAACAGAAAUUUACCGCAUUGUUUCUCAGAAGCAAAUCUCAGACCGGAUGGCACACGAAACACCUGGCAGUGAUGUGGUUGAGAUUGAUGUGCCCCCAACAAGUGAUGGGCAGAAAUCUAGUAAACUGCAGUGUUGUCAGAAUAUGUGACCCACUUAUUUGUUCUAAUUCCCCACCCCAGCCUGUCCAUUGUCGUGUGUUUGGAACAUUUAAGUCCAACCAUUGAACAAUUUUAUUUUGUUUUGCUGUUACCAUAAGCAGCAAAUAAUUGCCUGAAAUGUACAGGUGUUUGCUCAAUGCCAACAGACAAGUUGCCACUAAUUUAACCAGCCUCUAACUCUCAGCUGAGAGUAAAGAAACGGAGGCAAGCUGACAAAGUUUUCCAUGGCAUUCUACAGCCUGGAUGAUGGAAGGAAAGCCUUGCCUGUUUGCAUCUCCAAAGACCUUAGAGAGGUGACCGGGUACAAUCUCAUUCCAGUUCCAAAUGGUUCUGGAUCCACAGCACAAACCUGGAAUAAUUUAGGACAAAUUCAAUUUCAGUUCAUUUGAAGUGAUUUAAGAGAAAAUAUUUAAGCAGAGAUGAAAUAUUUGUUCUACUAAAGAACAUCUGCUGUUUUAUAGUAAAUACAAUUAAAAAAUAAAUGUUAAGUUCCAGCAGCGUGUUUGGGCUG